GACACACACACAACCACACACACACACACACAGCGGCUCAUUGUGUGUCAGUGAUGGGCUGCUCAGGAUGGUGGCUGCUGUGGACCGCCUGCUUGCUGAACACCUUUCUGCAGCACAGCGCGGUGCGUGUGAUGGUGCGGGAGGCCAAUGUGGAGGCCAUCCAGGGGGACUCUGUGGUCCUGCCCUGCUCCUUCUUCACCAUGAUCCCCCUCUCGCGCCUCAACAUCAUCUGGACCGUAGCGCCAGUCUCAGACCCCGACUCUCCCUCACAGGUGAUCGUGUAUGACCAAGGGCAGGUGAUUGAGAGCCCUGCCUUCACUGGCCGCGUAGGGUUCACAGGAAUCCCGUGGAGUGCCGACGUGAUCCUGAACGACACGCGUGUGUCCGACUCGGGCAUCUAUCGCUGCGUGGUCAGCAACCCUCCAGAGGUGGGAGAUCCGGGGAUCGGCGAACUCAGCCUGAGCGUACUGGCGCCCCCCUCCCUGCCUGUGUGUCUGUGGGAGGGCAACGUAGAGGCCGGUGGCAGUGUGACGCUCUCCUGCGCCGUCUCCGAGGGAGUGCCCACCCCCGAGAUGCACUGGGAGAAGACAGAGCCGGAGAAGAUCACGCUGCCCCUCAACAUGGACAGUGACAUGUCAGGCUCUGUUCAAAUGGCAAAUAUAUCGGCACAGACGUCUGGGGUGUACCGCUGCUAUGUAUCCAACGUCCUUGGCAGCCACAGCUGCUACAUUAACCUCUCUGUGUACACACCACCAAACAAUUCCCCUGGGAUCCUGCAGGGGGUGCUGUUGACCCUCUCAAUGGCCCUGGUGCUGCUGGCCCUGCUGGUGCUGGUGCUUUGGCUGCAUCGCUCCGGCCAGGAGAGGAAGAUGAGGAGCCCCAAGGAGCAGGAGGAAGAGGAGGAGUGCUACAACGAGAUCCGAUACACCCCCUCGCUCAUCAAGCGCUCCUUUGUGUAAGCUAGGGGGCGCUGCAGGGCUUACCCAAGAAUUAACAGCUACCGCCAACCUGGGCAACAGCCAGCUUAACCACCUGGACACUUUCACAUCACUAACUGGUACAUUACGGGGUUACAUCUACUGGGUUACUUCAGCAAAUAAAAACAGGAAAGAAUUAGGAGUCCCCUGUGGUGAAUUGAAGAAAAAAAAAAAAAAAAAAAAAACAACCCUGUGAAACUGAAUUAUGAAUGCUUAUGAGUCAUGAAAAUCUCUGCUGCAUUUCUAGAUUGAGUUUCGUGUUCCACACAAUGUACUUUAAGCUGAUUAGUAUGAAUCACUUUCAAAUGGGACAAUUGUAGGCAAAGCUAAGAUGCAGCGCAGGUUUCUUGUGAUGACGGCAGUGUAGUAUGACUGCAUCGUUGAGCACGACUCACCCUAAAUAAAACUCACACACUUCUUGCUUUGCAAACGAUGACACAAAAAAGCUUUAAUUUAAAUAAUGAAACAAAGAAACAAAAAAAGAAAAUCACAUAAAAAAAAACUGUACAUGACUUUGAAUAUUGAAUUACAGUUUUUAAAUAAAAUAACCCCCAUGUAUGAACUAAAACAGCAAUAAAAAAUGUGGGAUGGUAUACUAUUUUACAGUUGUGCAAAAGCAG